AAAACCCCAAUACCAUUUUUACUCCAUUGGCUUGACCUUUCGACAAUAUCUUAAAAUGCCUAAAUCACCAUCACUCUUCGAUUUUCACCUUCUCUUACUCUUCACUAUCUUUUCCUUAGCCGCCGCCGAUGCCAUCGCCGCUGCACGGCCAAUAACCCAACAAUUCAAAGAAGCCCCACAAUUCUAUAACUCUGAAAUUUGCCCUAAGAUAGUUGGCGAAGAUGAUGAAUCUGAUAAUGGAACCUCCAUUUUUUUAUGCUCGGAUCAAUCUGUUCACGUGGCAAUGACCCUUGAUUCAGCUUACAUACGGGGUUCAAUGGCGGCUGUUCUUUCAAUACUUCAACACUCCUCUUGUCCCCAGAAUAUCGUCUUCCAUUUCGUCGCCUCCGCCACCGCCAACGCCUCGUUUUUACGCGCCACCAUCUCUUCCUCCUUCCCUUACCUCAACUUCCAAAUCUACUCCUUCGACGACUCUUCUGUUUCACGUCUCAUUUCAACCUCAAUCCGCUCCGCACUAGACUGCCCUUUGAACUACGCUCGAAGCUACUUGGCCGAUCUCCUCCCUUCAUGCGUCCGCCGAAUUGUGUACCUCGACUCCGACCUGGUUCUCGUCGACGACAUAGCUAAACUCGCCGCAACUCAACUUGGAGACAACUCGGUCUUGGCUGCUCCAGAACAUUGCAAUGCAAACUUCACGUCUUACUUCACUCUAACGUUUUGGUCAAGCGCUACUUUAUCCUUAACAUUUGCGAACCGUAAACCUUGUUAUUUCAACACCGGAGUAAUGGUGAUCGACCUUGAUAGAUGGAGACGAGGAGAUUACACAAAAAAGAUUGAAGAAUGGAUGGAGAUUCAAAAAAGAACAAGAAUCUACGAGUUGGGUUCUUUGCCGCCAUUUUUAUUAGUUUUUGCAGGAAGCAUAGUUGCCGUUGAUCAUCGAUGGAAUCAACAUGGACUUGGGGGCGAUAAUUUUAAAGGUUUAUGCAGGGAUUUGCAUCCAGGUCCAGUUAGUCUUUUACAUUGGAGUGGAAAAGGAAAGCCAUGGGUGAGGCUUGAUGCUAACAGGCCUUGCCCUUUGGAUGCUUUAUGGGCACCUUAUGAUCUCCUGCAAAUGCCGUUUGCAUUGGAUUCUUGAUGGGGAAAUUUGGAAAUGUUGAAAUGCUUGUUAAUUCGUAGCUGGAUUGCAGCGGUUUAUAAAUCUACCAGCUUUUCUGGCAAGUGUUUGUUUGCCGAGAAAGUAACAGAAUCAUCAAGAAAUGGGUGGAUCGAGCUGUGUAUUGUUUCUUCUUUUGCCAAGAUUACGCAUUAAAGAUGAAGAAAUUGAAAAUCCAGAAGGAAAAUAGCAAUGGAUUUUACAAUCUUUGUUCGGGCGUAUGAUAACUGUAAUAAAAAAUAAAAGCAAAUUAAAGAGGUGGCUAUAAUUUCCGUGGAUCCUUUUUAUUUAAUAAAAAACAAAUUUGCCUUUGUAAA